UCCGCCUCACCUCUGGGCAGCAGUGGAAAACACGGAUCUGCCUCGGCAGAUCCUCACUGCUCUUCCCUGGGAUCUGCCGAUGGAGCUACUGCCCCUCUGUCUGCUGUUCCACUGCCAGCUCUCCCAAAUUUCCCUGGAGGAGGAAACCAAGAUGCUCCUUACGCAGAGGAUCCCUGCCCAGGACACCUGAGGGAGCACCGUGGAUGGGGGAUCCCCGCUGAAGGACGAGCCAUGCAGUAGGAGCCAGCACAUCCCAGGGAGGAGCGGGACCCGGCGGUGCCGCAGGAGCGACGGGACAUGCGGAGCCUCGGCUGCCUCCUCUGGGGACUCCUCCUCAUCCUCAGCACCACCAGCACCCAGGGCUUUGCCCAGGCAGGCCGCAGGGUGUGCGCCGCGGGACCGCCGAGCCGCCCGAGCGCCCGCGCCGAGUCCCAUGUGCAGCCCGUGUACCAGCCCUACCUCACCACCUGCCAGGGCCACCGCCUCUGCAGCACCUACAGGACCAUCUACAAGGUUGUCUACAGGCAGAGGUACAGGCAGCUGCCCGAGCCCACGGCCUCGUGCUGUCCUGGCUGGAGCAGAGCAAACGGCCACAGACUCGGCUGUAACAGAGCUCUCUGCUGGGAGCCGUGCCAGAACGGCGGGAGCUGCGCUUUCCCCGGGAGAUGCUCCUGCCCCCCAGGCUGGACGGGGCGAGCCUGCCAGACAGACGUGGAUGAAUGUGCCAGCCAGAGCCACGGGUGCAGCCAGCUCUGCAUCAACACAGCCGGGAGCUUCCACUGCGCCUGCCAGGACGGCUUCAGCCUCGCUGCCGAUGCCAAGGGCUGCCAGCCCCUGGGGCCAGUGCCCGGGACAGACACUCCCAGCCAAGCAGAUCCCUCCAGUGAAAUGAAGGAAGAGAUGCAGGACCUGAGGAGCAGAGUGGAAGCGCUGGAGCAGAAGCUCCAGCUGGUGCUGGCCCCCUUCCACAACCUGAUGCCUCCGGAGGAUGUCGGUGCAGACCCCAUCAGCCGCCUGUCCCACUCCCUCCAGCAGCUGGACAGGAUCGACUCCCUGAGCGAGCAGAUCUCUUUCCUGGAGGAGCGGCUGGAGACCUGUUCCUGCAAGAACGAACUCUAGCAGAGUGCCUGGAGCAAGCCGAGUGCAUGCACAGCUCCCAUCCCCCUGUCCCGCCCCAGGCUGGGGGUGAAGCCACACCACCUACAGGGUGGCACAGGGUAGCAGCAGAAGGCUGGGCUGCCGUCAGCAUCUCCAUCGUCCUCUCUUCCAGCUCACCUCAUCAAAGGUCACGCAGUUCCUUCCAAACUGGACUCCGAGCCCUCUCCCUGCUGGAGAGGCAGCAAAUAAAUGCCUUACCUCGUGCCAUGAG